AACGCGGCGUUGUGCGCAUGCGUAGUAUAUUUACUACUGUUGUUAUACAGUCUCCAUUCUCUGGUUUGUUUAUGAAUAAACGAGCUAAGCCGUCCUCGUUUUCCCCGCCAGACCUGGAGCUGAUGCAGUAAACAUGUCGGCACAGGGGGACUGUGAUUUCUUGGUGAAACGUGCGCGCGAGCUCGUGCCCGAAGACCCGUGGGCUGCUAAAGCCUGGCUCAUCACCGCACGCACGCUCUAUCCGGCUGACUUCAACAUACAGUAUGAGAUGUACAUGAUUGAGCGCAAUGCAGAGAGGACCUCUUCGGCUGGCAGACUGCUCUACGACAUAUUUAUUAAUUUCCCGGAGCAGCCAGUGGUGUGGCGUGAGAUCAGCGUAAUCACAGCAGCAUUGAGGAACGACAGCCAGGACAAGCACGCACAGUUCCUCAAAGGUGUGUUUGAGACUCUACCAGGCCCUGUGCAGUGUCAGAUGCUUUUGAAAGCCACUGAACAGUGUUUUAACACUCUGGAGAAAGCAGAGAUGCACCUGCUGCUGCUGAAGAGAUUCCCAGAGUCUGUGGUACAGCACGGGGUGAGUUUAGGAGAGUCCCUCUUGGAGGCGGAGAACAUGCAGGACUUGGACACACCAGUCAACUGUUACAGGAAACUGUUUGUAUGUGAUGUCCUGCCGUUGAUCAUUAAUAAUAUGGAGAUGCGGCUUCCUGCCAGUCUGUUGCACAAGUACAUGCACAAAGCGGCUGAGUUUUACAUCGGCUAUGUGACGCGAGGCCCCUGCGCAGAUGCACAGUUACCGGGACCUCAGGAAGGGGGAGGGCUUAAGUCUCCCGGAAAGGGGCGUGGUCAGCGUGGUGUGAUUGACGGCUUGUCAGAGAAGUCGUCGUUAGUGGCGGAGCCGUGGGUGAGGCUGCUGGAGAUUGUUGGGUCGAUGGGGCUGAGGUGCGAGUGGCAGGGAGAGAAGGGCACCAGGACAUACUCGGAGCUACUGCAGCGGGUGAAGGAAUUGUGCCGCUAUUUGCCUGGUUUGGAGGGCGAGACUUUCUCUCGCUGCUGUGCCCAAAUUGUCACCUGUUCUACGCUAGUUCUCUUCCGCAGCGCACACUUCUACAUCUCCACAGUGCAGCCCUCUCUCUUUCAGGGUCAUAACUCACUGGGCUCGACUCCAUGGGUUCUGGUGGAGGAUCUUUCGAGUGUGUUUAACGACAUUGAGCCCGAGAGACCAAGCGGAAAACAUGCACAUAAAAAACGCAAACUUGCAGACGGGCGUGAGAAAACCAUGAGUUCUGAUGAUGAGGACGCUCUAGGUAAGGGACGAGGAAGACACAUUUUGGUGAAUAUGACUGAAAUGCCAGCUUGGGCCGAGAUGUUAGAGCAUUUCAGAACGGCGAGAGAGAGCUGGGACCUCUUACACUCCCAUGAGACUCUGGAAUCAGAGUACAACAAGAUCUGCGCAGCAUGGAAGACUGAAAGCUGGCUUUGGUUCCGGAUAUUUCUCACCGAUAUGAUCAUGUAUCAGGGUCACUACAGGAAAGCUCUGUCCAGUCUAAUGCAGCUAACGUCUCUUCAGCCCCAGCAGAACCAGAACACACACCCAUCAGCCUCCAGCCUGGAGACACACAGAGCCUUAAUUCAGCAAGCAUCCUGUCACUACGCACUUGGGGAGUACCGGUUGGCCUGUGAGAAGCUGUUGGAGGUUGUAAGUGGUCUGGUACCUCAAAAUCAGGAGGCAACAAAGUCCAGCGAGGAGCAGAACCGAGGAAGAAACAAAGGCAAGAAAGGCAAUGACUUGAGGCUUAUUCCCUGCACUAGCAAAGACAUUCUGCCCUUCUGUCUGCAGCUCAUGCUGGCCUGCUUCAAAUUGCGAGCGUUCACCGAGGGCAACAGAGAUGACCUGUCUCUAGGUCAUGUGAUCGUUCUCCUGCAGCAUGAUUGGCCACAGGGAGAGACUCUGUUCUUGAAGGCAGUGGACAAAAUUUGUGAUCAGGGGAGUUUUCAGUACGAGAACUUCUUCAACUACGUCACCAACAUCGAUAUGUUGGAAGAGUUCGCGUACCUCCGUACGACAGAAGGCGGGCGGGUCCAGCUGGAGCUAUUGCCCAAUCAGGGGAUGCUAAUUAAGCAUCACACUGUGACUCGUGGCAUUACCAAAGGUGUGAAAGAAGAUUUCCGGCUGGCCAUGGAACGCCAGGUGUCUCGCUGCGGAGAAAAUCUACUCAGCGUGCUACAUCGAUUCUGCAUUAAUGAGAAAAUCAUCCUCAUCCAGUCCUUACCAUGAACUCAGCCGCUUAGAAGAAAAAAAAUCAACCCUGAAUAAUUUCCGUAUUAAUCUUCAACAGCAUCCAAUGUUUAUUUUGGAAUAAAAUUCUAAGUUGUUAAUCUCUACCUAUAGAGAGUGAUGCAGCCAUGCUUUAGUUUUUUAAUCUGUCCAGCUCUCCUCAUCUGUACACAACAGAUCAGCUUCCAAAGAUUCAAAUUUCAUGCUAAUAAUGUACCACUUUCAACGCUAUUACUCUUGUUAUCUCAUAGAUCGCUAGCUAACUGAGCAAAGUCCCUGCUGUAACUCGGCUCAACUGGGCCAUAUAGCUGUAUUGUAUUUUGGAACUUACAUUUGCUGUCUCCACCACAUCUACAUUGGAUUUGUCAUUAAUACGACAAUAUUAAUGUUUUAGGAGCUAGCAACAAAUAUCUAACCAUUAUCCUACGCAUCUUCUACACAUGUUUAAUUUGUUUCAGGGAGGACUUUUCUGGUGACUUCUGCCCUAUGCCCUAAUUCUAACGGAAUUUGCAAUGUUCAUGCGAAAAGCUUAUUUUUCAACUUGAUACUGUUCACUAUUACUAUUGUUUACUUUUGUGAAUUGUGUAGGUUUAGAGUUGCCUAUUUUGGAUAAGCACAGACAGAGACCUCAAACAGGAGUGUCUUUCUUUUAACGGGGUAAUGGAAUCUGGUAUAUUUCCCUGUUAAAGCUUGUGGAAUUGCAUAUUGCAAAACGUUAGGGUAAUUGGUUGCAAUGGUUGCAUCCUGGCCUAUGAAGAACCCCUCAGUGUUCUUAAGGUGUUUAUGUCCAAGUAUUAUGUUUUAUGUAUCAUUGCUUUGUAAUUUCUAUGUUUGGUUAUCUAGUAGACUUGAGAUCAGACUCAAUUGAGAUCAGACUUUGAAAUCUCAGGAAAAAACAGAAUAAUAAUUAUAUAUAUAUAUCUCACGUAAUUAAUCUUGGACUCACACACAUUCUAUAAACGUCUUUAAUUUCAAAUAAGGAACACUUUUUUUCUUUAUCUAUGUUUUUAAAAUUAUUGUAACUUUAUAUUGUAUUUGAAUUGCAUACUUUAAAUUGUUGUAUACCUCAUGACCUUUGAGACUUGGCAAAAAAUAAAUAGCCUGUUUUGAACUGAA